CUCACUCAUUAAUAUUGUGUCUUGGUACAAUCUGAAGUGAGCGACCUCAUGCGUCACAAUAGCAACUAAGUGAACUCCUGUCCAUGCCAUACAAGCACGAAUGACAGGAAGUGGGCGGAAAUGACGUCAUUAGAAGUGUGUCACUAUCAAACUCGCUUGCAACAGUUCCCCUGAACUUGUUAUUUUAUGCAGUAGUUGCGAGAAAGCAUUCGGGCAAUGUCUCACGACGAUUUUGCUGACGAAUGUGAAGUACAAGUGCACGAAUCUAAACACGCUAAAUACAUCCGGGCCCACUUGAAGGAGUUGAGGGCUCAGUGUAAUGGCUUCAACCAUUGUCUGAACGAGCUCUACUCCCAGGAGAAUACCCUACUCAUCCUACAAGGCAAAGAUAUAGAACUGACACACAUCUGCAGUCUGGUUCAGCCCCAUGCCGACGAUGAGGUGAGUUUCUCCUGCAGUGGCGCUGAGAGGUCCAUGAUAAGACAAGAUCUGGCGACACACUUGAGUGAACUGCUCAGCGACGAGGAGGACAACCACGUGGGAGAUGACCACAAUCACGCCCAGCAAAUUGGUCAGGAAGCUGUCAGCGAGGGUGGUCAAUCCAGGCGAAGGAGAGACGAAGGUCACGGACACGUGGAGAACAAACAGAGUCAGUCACGGGCCAAGCUGGACCCAGCUGACCAUCACAAAAAAGAAUGGGCUCAGUUGAGGAAGUGUAUUGAUGAUAAAUAUCCCGACGAGAAAUCUGUGGAUGCUGUGUGUAUGCUACAAAACUACAACAGAACGAUACACGUGUGUGGCAGCAAGGCGAUGCAUCACACCGUGGAGAGUUUCUUCAACAAGCAGCUUCAGCAUCUGCAAUGCACAUGUGAUUCACUUCCAGCUGCGCGAUCUCCCCUCUACCUCAUCAUAGGGGGCGCUGUGGGCGGGUUUGUUCUCAUCAGCCUCAUCAUCCUCCUUCUGUGUCUCGUAGUCCGCCAGAAGAAGAAAAACAAAAGAAAGAAAAAACAUGGGGACGCCAAGUGGCAGGUGAGCUACGCUGCUGGAGAUGCGGAGGACGCAAGCGCAUAUUCAGAGAUUUCUGACGUUACACUUCCUCUAAGUAAAUACCGCGCAGAAGCCUUGAAGCAAAAACAGCGAGAAGGAUCCCCCGGACCAAGCCUCCCUGGCCGAUAUAUCAAAGUACCUCCACCUGGCACCGCCAAGGACCUCACCGGCAGCAUCGAGUACCUGGAACCAUGGGAUUCCCCUCGCUUCUCCCUCGCCGAGGUAGACUACGAUGACCGUCACCAAGUAGGAGGGGACGUUGAUGUCCACGCUGACGCAGCAGACCGAGGUUCCUACUUCAUCCCACUCGGCAGCAAGCCAGAUACUGGUGAAGAUUGUGGCUAUGAAACGCUGACCAAAAACAAGAAAGCUAAAACCAAAAUGUCAAAAAAGGAGGAACAUUCACAAGAAAUAGACCCUGAAAAUGUUCCUGAUUAUUUUAUUCUUGAAGAAAAUAAAUGAAACUCCCGAGUUAACACAUACAAAUGGACAUUAACCAAUUAAGCACCACCAACUUUUUCGGACAUGUGCAGGUCAGGUGUGAAUUAUUCUUUGAAACACGACAAAAACGUAGACAAUUGACACUGACCUGACACCACUAUCACACAAAUAACGACGCUGACACGAGCAAUCGGAAAAUAUCGAAAAGACAGACAGUUAAUUGUUUAACAUGGAAUCUUUUACGUAAAGGUUAUGUUUAUUUAGUAAACGUUCAAGGCUUUUCCUGCUCCUGCGGUUAAGAAUCGCAAAGUCUAUUACGAAUUAAUAAUUUCUUAAAUAAUUCUGGAUAAAGGCAAUUAUAUUUUGCCGGUAUAUCAUUUACAAACUUUGUGAUAGUUCAGACAUUCUAACAAAAAAUAAUCAUAAUUCAAAUAUUAUUCAUAUCGGAAACUGUCGUAUUUGUCAAACAAACAACUAACUUACACAGUCACCGAUGGGAGGAAUUGGCCAAUCGGCGUAGAUGGCCAGUAUAGACAAUUUAGAAUGAAACAAGUCUGUCCUAAGAUUAUAUCAAUUUCAAAUAUAGACAAAAAAGACAAAAAAACAAUUAAGAUAAUCAUGCAAGGUCACUAAAAGCCGAAGCCAUUGUACAUUUUCAAAGGACAUGGACCUUUUUUCCAUUUAAAUAUUACCUGAGAUGUUACUGGUGUGAAUAAAUAUCUCGAUAAAACAUUCAAGAACAACUUUCUAUGCAUGUGUAUCUACAUAUAUAAAGUCCAUAUUUGCUUACUUGCUUGUUGUGUAUGUAAUAAAUAAGAAACAAAGUAAAGUAUUUUCAUGUCCUAAAUACUCGUCUGUAUAAGUGAAACAGCUGAUGACCUCCGUGAAGGAGGUAUAGUACUUUGCAUAUGAUGAAGACGAUUUUUUACAUAAUGGUUACUUUGUUUUGUUUUGCAACGAAGGAAAGUGUAGGUAUUGCUUAUGCCAGUUGACAUGUUAUAUGUAUGUGUGAAUGUAUAACAUAUAUGUAUAUAGUAUGUAUCAUAUCGAUAUAAAGUGUUAUAACUUAUACUUGAUGUAUUUGUUUAUUUAUGGCCAGAAAAUCCCGUGUACAAUAAACUCUUUGUACUUGACUAAUUA